AUGGACGAACCUCCAAUGCCCGGUGCUUUUCCGUCAACGGCGGAGGAGAGAGGCAAUACCAAUAGGACACCCAAGAGAAGGUUUGUCGGAAGGAGAACCGCAGAUGCACAGGCGAGACAAAGGCAGGAUGCCAAUGGCUCUGUGGAGGAAACUGCGGCAAUCGUCGUGAAAAGUCAGCGCAAAACACCUCGAGCCUUGAACCAGAUCCCGGCCGAAAUACUGGACGACCCAGACAUCCAGGCUGCAAUAGCCUUGCUCCCUCACAACUACAGUUUCGAGAUACCCAAGACCAUUCAUCGGAUACGAACACUCGAGGCAAAGAGAGUCGCUCUACAGUUUCCAGAAGGCUUGCUGAUGUUUGCCACUACCAUCUCUGACAUUCUCACCCAGUUCUGUCCUGGCACUGAAACAUUGAUCAUGGGAGAUGUAACAUAUGGUGCAUGCUGUAUUGAUGACUACACCGCAAGAGCACUGGGAUGCGAUCUCCUGGUUCACUACGCUCACAGUUGUUUAAUACCUGUGUCGGCAACAAAGAUAGCCACCCUCUACAUUUUUGUAGACAUCUCCAUUGACACAAAACAUCUGGUGAGCACUCUGUCACGCAACAUUUCUCCUGGCAAGACAAUCGCCAUGGUGGGUACAAUACAGUUUCAUGCCACCCUGCAUACGAUCAGACCUGCCCUCGAAGCCGAAGGGCUGAAGUUGGUCGUGCCUCAAGUUAUGCCGCUCAGCAAGGGCGAGGUUCUCGGGUGUACUGCACCUAAAAUUGCUAAAGACCAAAAUGUUGACUUGAUCCUAUAUCUGGGGGACGGUCGUUUCCACCUUGAGGCUGCGAUGAUAGCAAACCCUGACAUUCCAGCCUAUCGAUAUGACCCUUACUCUCGGAAGUUGACGCGCGAGACGUAUUCACAUGAAGAAAUGCUGGACAUGCGGUCCAGCGCAAUUGGUGUUGCAAAGAAAGCAAAGAAAUGGGGCCUGAUUCUGGGAGCCUUGGGCCGACAAGGCAAUCCUCACACGCUGACCAUGAUACAAAACUACCUGACCCAACAAGGCAUACCUUAUAUCAAUCUUUUGCUUAGUGAGAUCUUUCCGGGCAAGCUGGCAUUGUUCGAAGACGUGGACUGUUGGGUUCAGAUUGCUUGUCCGAGACUGAGCAUUGAUUGGGGAUAUGCUUUCCCUCGGCCACUGUUGACCCCAUACGAAGCCCUAGUGGUAUUAGGUGGCCAACAAGGGUGGGACCGAGGCGAUGGUACAUAUCCCAUGGACUUCUAUGCCAACAAUGGACUAGGCAGAACGACGGAGAAGCUUGCAGCUCAGGUAGCGGUCUCUGGCUGA